AUGUGGAUUUUUGAUUGGUUCCAAGAUGUUUUAGCCUCAUUAGGUUUAUGGAAUAAACAUGCAAAAUUAUUAUUUCUUGGUUUAGAUAAUGCAGGUAAAACAACUUUAUUACAUAUGUUAAAAAAUGAUAGAUUAGCAACUUUACAACCAACUUUACAUCCAACAUCAGAAGAAUUAGCUAUAGGAUCAGUUAGAUUUACAACAUUUGAUUUAGGUGGACAUCAACAAGCUCGUAGAUUAUGGAAAGAUUACUUCCCGGAAGUUAAUGGUAUUGUAUUUUUAGUUGAUGCUGCUGAUCCUGAAAGAUUCGCUGAAUCGAAAGCUGAAUUAGAAUCAUUGUUUAAAAUUGAAGAAUUAAGUCAAGUUCCUUUCGUUAUUUUAGGGAACAAAAUUGAUGUACCUACUGCAGUUGGUGAAAUGGAAUUGAAGAAUGCAUUAGGGUUAUAUAAUACUUCUGGUAAAGAUUCAAAAGUUGCUGAUGGUUCAAGACCAAUUGAGGUUUUUAUGGUUUCAGUUGUUAUGAGAUCAGGAUAUGGAGAAGCAUUCAAAUGGCUUUCACAAUAUAUAUAG